GUUAGCUACACAGUUUCUUCUCGUUUCAUGCAAUAGUUUAUCCUAGGUUUGGGGCAUUUUAUGCAUGCUUGUUUUAUGGCCCUUCUUGGAGCAAAGCCAAAAAAGAAGACUUUUGCGGAGAAGAGCACAUGAUAGCUUACUAACUUUCGCUUCAAGUAACUUCUUCAUUAAUCCAACUUUCUUCAUCUUCUUCAUGUUCUUCAUCUUCCUCUUCUGUCACCUUCUGAGUCUGAGCAGUCAGAAGCCAAAACCCAAAUGGCUAAUGAUCAGCUCAAGUAUUCUCCAUUACCCUCCAAGCUGCACCCCAAUUCUCCAUCUCACUUUUCUCAAAUCUUCCGCUUUCUCUUCUUACUUAUUGGCUUCUCCAUUGGAAUGGCCAUUGGUUUGAACCUCAACAGCUUCUCCUCAUUUAAUAUCUUUUCCUUUCCAUCUUCACCAUCAACCCUCUUGUUUCUCAAACCACAACAACCUCCCUCGUCGCCCCCUCCAUCUCAACUGCCGUCGCCAUUGUUGCCACCAGUACCAUUGCCGUCUCCUGAGUUUUUCGACCCGAAUGUAGAGCCACCUCUGAUGCACAGAAUGACAGAUGAUGAAGUCUUCUGGAGAGCAUCCAUGGUUCCACUGAUCAAAGAAUUCCCAUAUGAACGUGUGCCAAAAGUGGCUUUCAUGUUUCUGAUAAAGGGGCCGUUGCCUUUAGCUCCUUUGUGGGAAAUGUUCUUCAAAGGCCAUGAAAGGUUGUUUUCAAUUUAUGUGCACACCCAUCCGUCCUAUAAUGUUUCUUCUUCUCUGCCUCCUGGCUCUGUCUUCCAUGGAAGAAGAAUCCCAAGCCAGCCGGUGCAAUGGGGUAGACCCUCCAUGAUCGACGCCGAGCGCCGCCUUCUAGCCAACGCCCUUCUCGACUUCUCUAAUGAAAGAUUCAUCCUACUCUCCGAAACCUGCAUCCCUCUCUACAACUUCACCACUGUCUACAACUACCUCCUCAAUUCCGAGCACACCUUUGUUUCUUCCUACGAUGAUCCCCGAAAAAUUGGCCGGGGUCGUUACAACCCUCAAAUGUUUCCGACUGUGUCGAUCGCCGACUGGCGAAAAGGAUCGCAAUGGUUUGAAGUAGAUCGAACGGUGGCCGGCGAGAUAAUCUCCGACAAAACAUAUUACCCUGUUUUCCGGAACCAUUGCGGGCCGCCGUGUUACAUGGACGAGCAUUAUAUUCCUACGUUGGUUAAUAUUGUUUUGCCGGACCGGAACUCCAACAGAACCGUUACUUGGGUUGAUUGGUCGAAAAACGGUCCGCACCCCGGCAGAUUUGGGAGGCGGGAAAUCUCGGUCGAGCUUUUGAGCAAGGUGCGGUUCGGGUUUAAUUGUACUUAUAAUGGAAACGACACCGUUUCCCUAUGCUUUCUGUUUGCUCGGAAAUUCAUGCCGGAUUCCUUACAACCUCUGCUGAAGAUUUGGCCAUCUCUGUUGGAAGGUUUGGUUUAACCUUAAAUGAGGGAAAUUUUUUUACCUUGAAAGCUCAAAGCUCUCUAUCCAAGAAACUGGGGAGUUUAAUUCUAUUACACAAAUUCACUUAAUCUGUUUGUCUUAUUACAUUCCGCUAUAUUCAAAUUGAUAACUAGAAUACCAUUUUUACUCUU